UCUCUCUCUCUCUCCCACCUCACAUUUUGCCAGUAUCAGAGCGCUCCGACUGGCAGCCAGUUAGAGCAUUGUGUCUUCUUGGCGAAGAGAGUGAGAGAAGGAAGGGAUAGACAGGACGGUGAAAGAGAGAGAGUGAAGAAGAGAGGUGAGAAUGACAUAUGGACAGGGGGGGAUGGCAGAGACCUGCACCAUCCGUCUCCAUGCUUUGAGUGUGUCUUCGUUCAAAGGAGCAACUUCACAACAACAAAAAAACAAAUAAUUUUAUUUGCAGGGAUUCAUUUGAGUAUUUGGAGUGUUUGAACGGUGUCAGACUGUUUGGCUCCAAUUCUGAUCUCAGAGAUUGACAGACAGGCAGUGACAGGCUGCAGCAGAGUGUGAGUGACCUGAGGAGGAGGAGGAGGAGGAGGAGGAGAAGGAAGGAGGAGCAAGAGAAGGAGGAUGUUAAACACUGAGGUGACACGUGCGUUCACAGAUCACUUGAACUCUGACGGAUUUUGCAUGACAGACAGAGAGAAGCUACACUGGGUGCCAUAAUUUUACCUACUCUUUGAUAUCAAUCCAAUCUUCAGCGGCCUGGGACAUGUUGAACGCUUAAAAGGAUUUUGACUCACAUCCUCAAAAUACACACAGACAGACACAUAGACAGUCAAACUCAUUAAGAGCUGCCGCUGGGGAUUCUCGUCAACCUAGAAUCUGCUGCUCAGGAUGUACUGCAAGAAAAAUACAGACAUCCAAUUCAAAUCAAACCGCAACAACCACCCCAGCUCCACGCCGCACCCAGAGGCGACACUGUAGAAUUAGCCCACUAUAAAAGGACUGCACGUUGAAGUGAAGGAGUGAACACAGGCGUCUACCCACACUCCACACACACCUACAAUCACACAAGUAAAGGCGAGAAUGAUGGGUAACAAGGCUGGAUCAGUGGGAAGGUGUAGCUCCGUUGAAGGCAAAUAUAACAUGGACUGAUGGAUAAAAGACUCACAUACUGACCCUGGUGUUGAGAAGAACAACUGAUGGAUUUCAGUUGUUGUUGUUCACUUGUUGUGAGGUAGAGCAGCAAAAUAUUGCAUAAUCUGCAGGAAAGCGGAACAAAGGAAAGGAAGGGUUAUGAGUCGCCUUUAUGGAAAAGACCCAUAUGCUUGGAGAGGAGAGGUUUGAAGGACGAGCUGCAGGUGGUACACAUGAACAUACUCUCAUACACAGACACAACGGGGACGAGACACACUGACACACACGCCGGGCGGCUGAGUGUUUAAGGAGCUUGGAACUGACAGGGUUUCUCCCAGAGACUUCACCACCAUGAUGGAGAAGGUUAACUCCACCGGCCUACCUGCCUCACCACCCAAACUACCUCGCCCCUCCUCUGCCUCCUCUUCCUCUGCCUCCUCCCCAUCCUGUACCUCCGUGGAGCAGCACAGUCCCCUCCAGAACCAGGCUGCAGCGUCUUCGGACACUAUCAACAGCCCACAUCCUGCUAACAAGACAGGGCACAAGGGACACAUGGAUGUCCCCGCUGGCAGCUCGAUUCAGUCCCCCAGUGCCACAACGACAGUGUUAACCAGUCACCAUGCAGAUACAGCUGCUGCACCUGAGCCCAUCGUCAUGGAGACGGAGCAGAAGGAGGAGAAGCAUGGAGAACCGACCACUGCCGCCGCAACCCCUGCUGCUUCUGCCACCAGGUCCCCAACACUUUCCUCUCCACCUCCACUCCUCCCAGCACCAGCCAAGACCUCCCCGUGCCCACUCCCACCUCCAACCUCCUCUGCAUCUUUCCCUCCGUCCUCAUCAUCCUCUCCUCUUCCUCCCCACAUUCCAGUCAUCAGUCUUGGUCACAGCAAGCCCCCUCUCCCGCUCCCCAACACCCCUUUGACUGCUUUACACCCAAUUCCCAACCUUCUGCACGGGCCCCAUGCAGACCUUCGCCGCAGCCAGCUGACCUGUUUGCCUGUGGCCAGUCCUGGAGGCCCCGGAGGUUCUGGAGGUCCAGGAGGUCCCUCUGCUCCCUCCCCAGGGCCCCUGUUGCCUCAGCAGUACCUGCCUGCUCACGCCUUCUUCACCAGUUCUUACCUGGGUCCCUCAGGAGGAAGCUAUGGUGUCAUUGCCAACAGCCGGAUCAAGAGAAGACCCUCAUCACACUUUGAGAUGGAGAUCAAUGAUUGCCCUCCUCAGAAACUUGCUCGCCGCGUCUUCACCAACAGCCGCGAGCGUUGGCGACAGCAGAAUGUGAACGGGGCUUUCUCCGAGCUGAGAAAACUCAUUCCCACACACCCACCAGACAAGAAGCUCAGCAAGAAUGAAAUCCUCCGCCUGGCUGUGAAGUACAUCAACUUCCUGGUCACUCUGCUCAAUGACCAGGCCCAGGACAAGAGCAUGGACUCGGCCGAGGAUGGGGCUGAGGACGAGAGCACCACGGCCGGAUUGGACAGCAACAAACUGAAUCCUCUGUUUCGGUGCGACACUCCUCCUCCGUCCCACACUGCUCCACCAUCCUCAGCCCGUCCCUCCUUGGCGGCAGCCCGCAGAGACAGGGACUCAACCGAUUCAGUCAUCGCCCUGGCGAAUUCCCCAGCAACAUCCAGCUGCUAUGGUGACACGGACAGUGAGGAGAGCUUUGGGGCUAAGACCUCUGUGGUGACCCAUGGCAUUCUGGGAAAGGUUAAGGGUCAGAUAAGGAUGGUGGCAGCCACAAAUGAUGAGCGAUGACACCAAAAGACAGCAUACAAAAGGUGUGCAGCCACUGGGAGUUUAAAUGCCACACUGACGGACAGGACGGGACACACAAUCGUUGCCAGAUACCAAAGUGUUUGAGUCCAAAGAGCCUGUGUGGUUGUCUCUUCCACUCAGUGCUCAAAGUAGUGUGAAUAAGGGAGGGGUGGAUUUUUGGUGAUAUUUUGUAGUUUUAAUUAGUUUAAACUCUGUUUUCCAGUGAUGUGCAAACACUGAGUGUGAGGCUCUGUGUUUUAGGUUAAUUGUGCUUUGGGUCAGGUUGAACCUCAACAGAACUUGUGUGUUUUAUAUCCAAACAAGGUCACAAUGUUCCUGUGUUGAAUAUUACAUCUCAGUGUCAAAUAAUAUGAAUCCAACAUGGAUGAAUUAUGCAAAACAGACCAAUCAGAUCAUCUCAGGCUGGAUUUACAUGGCAACAAAAUGUUGAUUUCUAUGUGUUCAUAACAAAAAUCUAAUAAUCUUUUCUCAUUGAGGACUUUCAAGAUGUUGAAUUAUCCCUCUGCACCCAUGAAAAUGUUAAAUCUUUCACAGCAGGGUUAAUAACCUGAUGUUUGCUUCCAAAUGCAGCCUAAGAAGUUUACAUGUAAAUAGUCAGCAUUGUCCCAGUACAGUUAAGGUAAUUUAGUUUAGCAUGUGCUAUAUUGUGCCCCAGUGAAAUGCAUGAAAUGCAUUUUAUUAAUCGAAGUUGCAGUUCUUAAUGUUCCCGCUGUUCUUCUAAAAGUUCCUGUGGUCAGAGAAGCAGCGCCGAUGGUCCCACCCUGACAUUGUGACACACUUGUACCAGACAGAAAUAAAGUGUGUUUUAGUUUGCUGUUCCUUAUUUGACAUCCUCUUAUUGCGCUCCAGAGACUGCUCUUUGUCAGCACGAUUUCUCAACACAUCCACAUAUUUUGCCAUUCUCUGCUUAGCGAAUGUUUGUGUAUCCUCAGUGUGUUCAGUAUGAAUCUCAGUAGAU